UAGGCCACCGGGCACCGAUUAGGCCUUUACUGACACGCUACUCAGUUUUGGGGCCUUCCUCAUCUCAUUCUCCGCUUCUCAUCGUCUUUUUGCUUUUCUUUCGUCGCGUCGCAUUUUGCUUCCUGCGGCGGACGACGACGGCAGACCGAAAACAUAACGGAUUUUGCUUUUCCCCCGUAUACUUUCUCUUAUUUUUUGGCUUUAUUCAGCCCUUUCAAAAAAAAAAAAAAACCCAAAAUUCCGAUAGAUUUUGUCUCGGCAGGGGUAUAAAUCGUAUAGAAAUAAUAAUUAAAAAAAAAGAAAAGGAGGAGGAGGGAAAGGGGGGCUUUAAAGAGGUCCGUUUGUUUGUUUUGUGUGUGUGUGUGUGUGACUGCUGCUGCAAGAAACAGAGCACAAAGAAACAAACUCAGAUCGAAACAGAAAGAAAGAAAACAACAAGUCAUCCUCUCCUCCUCCUAUUCCAGUCCUCCCCAUCAUCACUCAACAGAUACUCAGACGAAAGAUAAAGUAGCCUCCACCCCAACCCCAGUUCUUAAAUUCUCGCUCCCGAGUUUUACGUCGCCUUUUUCCCUUUUUCCUUAUAUGCAACGCACCUUCUUAAACGCACAGAUACAUACAAAUUUGUGAUGCACACAGAUAAACCCGAACCCAUUUCACACACCAAUGCCCCAUUCUCUACUUGUUCUUAUUCUUCUCUCUAAACCCCCUUCUGAUUUCGCCUCUGAAAUUUUCCCCCUCUGGGGUUAAUCAUUAAUGCCAGCACCAGCGCCCGCGCACCUAUUUCUGUUUCAUUAUAGAACCAUGGUGGCCUCUGUUCUUUUGAUGAUUUUUGUUAUUUCUUUUUUUUUCCGGGUAGAUUACUGAAUUAGAGCUAGAUGGGUGACGUAGGACGGGGUGGGGACGCUAACGGCGUGGUGGUGAUGGGGGACGAGCGUCCAAGUUCGACGUAUGAUAACACCAGCCACCACCAACGGCACCCUGGUCCUGAUCCUGAUCCCUCCUCAAUUAAGCUGGAGAAUUUGGGUGUAGCUGAGGAAACCGCCCUGGAAGUACUUAAUGCAAUUCAUCCUACCAUGGACUCCGAAGAGAAGCGCAAAGACGUCAUCGAUUAUGUCCAGAGACUCAUCCGCAAUUCUCUUGGAUUUGAGGUUUUCCCAUAUGGUUCAGUGCCUCUGAAGACUUACCUUCCCGAUGGAGAUAUUGACUUGACCAUCUUCAGUAGUCCUUAUGUAGAGGAAUUUUGGGCCAGCGAUGUCCUAUCUAUUUUGCAAAGAGAAGAGCAGAAUGAAAAUGCUGAGUAUGAAGUGAAGGACACACAAUUCAUUGAUGCCGAGGUUAAACUCGUGAAGUGCCUCGUUCAGAACAUUGUUAUAGAUAUUUCAUUCAAUCAGUUGGGAGGUCUUUGUACGCUUUGUUUUCUUGAGCAGGUUGAUCGGCUUGUUGGAAAAGACCAUCUCUUCAAACGCAGCAUUAUUCUGAUCAAAGCUUGGUGCUACUAUGAGAGCCGUAUCCUUGGUGCACAUCAUGGUCUCAUUUCUACAUAUGCUUUGGAAACACUGGUUCUUUACAUAUUCCAUCUGUUCCAUCCCUCUUUACAUGGCCCUUUUGCGGUUCUAUACAGAUUUUUGGAUUACUUCAGCAAAUUUGACUGGGAGAACUAUUGUAUUAGCUUGAAUGGUCCAGUUUGCAAAUCAUCCCUUCCUGAAAUAGUAGCUCAGACACCACAUAAUGAAGGAACUGAGUUGUUGGUUAGUGAUGAAUUCUUAAGAAACUGUAUGGAAAUGUUCUCAGUUCCGUCCAGAGACCUGGAAACAAACUCUCGACUGUUUUUGCCGAAGCACCUCAACAUAAUUGACCCCCUGAAAGAAUACAACAACCUUGGGCGUAGUGUCCACAGAGGUAACUUUUACCGAAUACGUAGCGCUUUCAAAUAUGGGGCUCGCAAGCUUGAGCAAAUUCUUUCAUUACCCAAAGAUGAAAUUGCAGAUGAGAUCCAGAAAUUUUUUGGUAACACUCUGCAGAGGCAUGGACGCAAUUGUGGGUCUGAUACUCAAGAUUAUGCUUUGCUAUUUGGUGAAGGGUCCAGUACACUGUAUUCAUCUUCUCCUGCUGCAGUUUUGAGUGAGGAUGACAUGCUUCUGAGAUCAUCAACUAGCGAUUUGGAGAGUGAUGGUCUUUUGAUGGAAGGGCACUACAAUUCUGUACAGCUGUAUAGAUGUUCCAGUGAUUUAGAUUCCUUACAGACGAUGUCAGAACCCUGCUAUUCUCUGGGUGGGACUCCUGUUUCAAGAUAUCUAUGCAAUGGGGAUUCUUGUGACCUUGCAACGCAUAAUUCUUUAGACUUCAGGACUUCAAAUGUCACAUCUGAUUAUUCACCAUAUAUUAAUUAUAGCGGUUCAGGUUUUGGCCAAUAUCGUCACCUAUCACAAUUGUACUUACCCAAGUCAUAUGCAGAAAAUGGCCACUGCAGCCAGACUUACUCAUCUGAUGGUGAAGAAGAUAAGCUGGGCCUUGAUCAAUGGCUGGAACAGGAAGUGAAUCACUUGGACUUGGUCGACACCUCUCAGUCAUGUGUGGAUAGCUUAGAUGGCUUUUGUUCUCGUAGUUCAGCUGUCUCAAGUCCAAGGACCAAUAUUCUAGAGAAUUUAUUACCUGAUAUUAGAGAAAGGGACUCAGGCAGUGUAGUAGAUGCAGAACCUUUAAACCCUUUGGCAAACCUCAGUGGGGACUAUGAUAGUCAUAUAAGGAGCUUGUUAUAUGGACAGUGUUGCAAUGGGUUUGCUCUUUCAGCACCCGGGCUUUCCAAUCCUUCUGUUUUGCGGUCCCGUUUUGGGAACAAGAAGCCUUGGGAUACUGUCCGUCAUUCUAUGCCUCUUAAGCAGGGCUCAUUUUCUCAAAUGAACUCAAGCACUACUAUUGUGGGAUCACCUGCUAGCAGUCAUGCACCACCUGUUUCUGCUUUUCCUUCUGAAGAGAAACACAAAGCUCGAGGGACAGGCACUUACUUGCCCAUUAAGAAUUGUUCUUCCAGGGAUAGACCCUCACAAGGUCGGCCUAGGUUUAAGGCAACAGGGACUCCUUUUCAGUCGGAGAGUCACACUCAUGACAAUGGCUUUGUUCCUGCUUUCAUGGAGACAAACUCUUUGCCGAAAGGUGGCCGUGAGCUCUUGCAUGCUUGGUGUCCUGUUCAGCCUCGCACAAAGUCUGGUGUAUCCUGCCAGUCUCUCCAUUCCAAGGCAGGUGAUACUUGUGCCAAUGGAUUCUCCAAUUCAAUGCGCCGAAUUGAAUUCGGAUCCCUUGGGAACCUGGCUGAUGAUGUGAUAUUAGCCCCUUGUAAUGCUUGUCUCUUAAGUUCGAAUAACCAGAAGAAUGCUACGCCUGAUUUAACUAAAGAAGAAGCAAGGGUUGCAGAUCAGCUAUUUGGCCUUAAGAAUGAAGAUGAGUUUCCUCCUUUGUCGCUAUGAAUGCUUUUUUCGUAGGCAGGUCAACUUGUAUACAGAGAUACAGAGUGGUAAAUUCUUAGGUGCUAACAAACUACAGGACCUCAGUUAGACCUUCUUUUUUUUUUUAUAAAUAAUGUUUUUGACUUUUAAAGCCCAGCUAAAUAAUCGUUUUGCUGUUGAUGGUACAGUGUACAAAAUAAUAAUCCGUGUUUUGUAGAUCUUUUGGUGGUGGUUUUCAUGGUGAUGAUCCCAUGAAUGACCUUCCAGCAUGCCGUGUUGUGUCUAAGCAGUGUUGUAAAAUAGUGUCUGAUAAUGUCCGCGAAUGCUUCUCUUUCUGCUCCCGCAUAGGCAGGUCGGGAAACUCAAAUAUGAGAUGCAGAUGAUAUGUAACGUUCUUCAAAAGCAAAUGUAGUUACUACUGUUUUAAUGUGCUCCUUGCUUUGACCU